UACCGUCAAAACCUCGACAAAGCCACCGCCUCGUGGUCGAUCAUGCUUCGCUGCGGCGCGAAAAUGGCGGCAUUUCUCCCCAAUUCCAUGCUCGCCGUCCGAUCCCUCCCUCGCCGUCCCAAGUCGGUCGCCCAACUCCGUGGCCUGGAGCGGCUCUCUUUGGUCUGCGAGCACCAGAACCUCACCGAUGCUCGAUUCCCCUGCCGCCCCUUCGUUUCCUUCCCUUGCGUCGGGUUUGGAGGCGCGACCCCUCGUUUUUGUCCCCGGUUUGAGCCGAAGGCUCCCGGUUUCGUGCGGUUUCGAGCCGCCUCAGACGGUGGUUCUGGUGGUUCCACCGGCGGUGGUGCUGGGCACGGGGGAUGGGGCGACGGAGACUCCCAAAGCGGAGGUGGAAAUGAUAGAGGCAGUGGGAAUGAUUGGUCCUUCCUUUCCUGGUACUUGACAGCUCUUGAUAAGCAUCCAGUGAUUACAAAGGCUAUAACAUCUGCACUUCUAACCCUAGUCGGAGAUUUGAUUUGCCAGCUUUUAAUUGAUCAGGUGCUGAAGUUGGAUUGGAAGCGAACAAUCGUCUUCACUUUCUUGGGACUUGUAUUAGUGGGCCCCACAUUGCAAUUCUGGUACUUGUAUCUGAGCAAAUUGGUUACACUUUCUGGAGCAUCGGGUGCCUUUUCACGUCUUCUGCUGGACCAGUUUAUCUUCUCUCCCAUCUUCAUAGGAGUUUUCCUUAGUUCAGUUGUUGCCUUAGAAGGAAGACCUUCCCAAAUAAAGCUCAAACUUCAACAGGAGUGGUUUUCAGCAGUGAUAGCAAAUUGGCAGUUGUGGUUACCUUUCCAAUUCCUUAAUUUCCGGUUUGUUCCACAAAAUUUUCAGGUUCUAGCUGCGAACUUUGUGGCUCUUGCAUGGAAUGUAAUUUUGUCAUUUAAAGCGCAUAAAGAAAUUGUGCUGAAAUAGAUAAUAUCUGUUUCUUAAGUUUUUGUUUCUGGGCUUCAUUGUAAUAUUUCAACAAAUAGACUUAUUACAAAACUUGAUUUUAGAUUAA